AAAAAAUAAAUAUCAUAUAUUAUUAACAGAAUACUACAGUUACAAGCGCAGUUCACAAGUCGAAUGUAACAAACAUGAUGAAUUACUCCACUUUUUAAAUAAAUUUACUCAAAAGCAAAUAAAUUUACAAAAUGGGUUUAAAACUUGUUUAGAAAACUUUAAUGAUUUGAGGGAUAAGUAUUUCAAUAUAUUAAAAAUGACAGAAAUCCAAAAUCAAAACUUAAAUGAAGUGAUAUUUGAACAAAAAUCUGUUCAAAAUGAACUAAACAAAUUAUUACGUUUACAAAACAACAUAUCAAAUCAACAAUUAAUCUAUGAAGAUCAAAUUUUAGAGGAAUUUAAUAAUGAAUUAAUCACUGACGGUUAUUGUCAAAAAAUGAAUAGCAAUAUUUUAGAACUUAAAAAAAAAAAAAAUGAGAAUGUAAUGUAAUACAAAUAUAAUUUGUUUCUUCUUGAAAAUAAUAACGCUUAUUCAAAAUAUGUUUAAUAUUAUAUUAUAUUAUGUGUAUAGGAUUCAGCGUUAGUUAAAAUUGAGAACGAUGUUUGUGUAGAUCAAAUAAAACUAAAACAACAUCGUACUACAACUUAUAAUUUAGAGAAACAAAUAAAAGAACUCACUAUAGAUCUUAACCACCAAGAUUUGUACAUUUCCACCUUGGACUCUGAACUGAAGAAACUAUACACAGAUAUACAAAUGAAAUCAAACAUGAUUGAAUCGGAAUUCAAAGAAUUGGAAUCUUUGAAAAAAAAAUGUGAAGUUGGUGAUGUUAUAACUCCACAAAUGCAAAUUGACCACGUCAGAAGUAAAAUUAAUGAUGUAGAAAAUGAAACCAAUGUCAUAAAACAAUAUUGCAUUCAAAACCAAAACAAAAAUGUACAAUUAUUAGAUGAAAAAAAUAAACAAAUUAUUGAACUCAAUAUGUUGCGUGAAUAUGAUACGCAAAAUCUUAAAAAAAGUAGAAAACUCGAUCUCGAAAUCGUUUCUUUAUCCAAAGAAGUCGAUCAGUAUAAACGAAAAAUUACAAACAUGAGAAAUGAAGCUGUGAAGUAUAAUGAAGUUUUUGUAAAAAAUAAAGGGAAAAGUAGUAAACUUUUGAAUGAAAAUGAAUGGAUACAAAGCUCUGCUUUGGUCGAAUUAAAUGAAAAUGAAAAACAGUGUUUGGAAUAUAUAGAUCUUCUAAAAUUGUUAAAAAAUGAAUUGAACGAAAUAAAAAAAACAUACAUUGAGAAACAACGUGAAAGUAAAUCGUGGGACGCUAAGGUCCAGUUACUUGUCGAAAUGAAAACAGAACUUAAGAAUAAACAAGGUAUUUUUGGUGACAUUGAUGUUAUACAAAAGGAAAUACAUAAAAUGCAGAUAACGGAAAGUAGAUUGAAAAAAAUAUUGGACAAAAUAAUGUCGGAUUUAGAAAAAUGCAUAUUGAAACGGGAAACGAUUUACAACAAAUUUGCAACAAAGAAUUCAAGCGACAAAAAUGGUACUAAACAAAAAUUGUUGAAGAUCCUCGAAGACCUGCGAAUAAUGAUAAGACAAAUUAAAACUAAAUGUAAAAAAAUAGACAAAGACAUAAGUCAUGCACAAAAUUAUAAAAUAGAAUUGGAGUGUAAGCUUACACAUUUAAGAGAUAAAUGUAUCAACGUUGAACAAAAUACUAACGAUGUAGCAAAAAAUAUUGAAGAUAUGAAUGCUUUAAAACUUAAAGAUUUUUAUAAAUUAAACUUCAAGCAAAAUCAUAUCAAAUUCUUAGAAGAUGUAAAAAGAGAAAAAUACCGUUUGCUGAUAAAAUGUGAAUCAAAAAUGAACGAAGCAAUUACAGCUCAGAGGUCGAAGAAUUCCAACUUAAUAAGUGUUGUGGAAGCUUUAAAAAGCGAUUUCCCAUACUUGGAUCUUGUGUUGACUCGUUUGUUAUUAACUCUUAAGUCCAUUGAAAGUUAAAAGGCCAUUACAAAGUAAUUUGUAUAUCAAAUAUACUGCAACAGUUUA